AUGUAUCCUAGCACCCUGAACAAUCCAGCGGAUCAGAUGGAUGUGAUUGGUGUCGGUGGGAUCGAUUUUGAGGACAACAUUGCCAGGUUCUCCUCGCGCGGGAUGACUACAUGGGUGCGUCUCACUCACAGCAUAACCCUGAAUAACCUCUCAAAUGUCUAUCUCAGUGUACUCUUACCUUUCCCAGUAAGACUAAACUGAACUCUGUUCCCCAGCCUACCUGUUAUCAGUCCCAGACUAGACAUCUAACCCUGUGAUCUGCAGCCCCCGUCUCUCACACUCAGCCAUAGGAAAACACUGAGAUAGAGGAAUUGAAUUUGUUCAGACCAUGAAGCCUGUUUUUUGUGGGACAUAUAAAUGAGGAAUGCAAACAAAUCUCAGUUUACUCACUUACUUAUAUGGCGCUGCCUACUCCUGAUGAUUAUUUUUCUAAUCAAAUGAGCAAAAAAUAUUUAGCUUUGUCUGGGAUGCUAAACCAUUCAAGAUAAAGCGUGCCUAUCUAUAUAAUGAAUAUGAACUGGGUGGGUUGAGAUUAUUAAAUAUAAAAGCACUAAACCUCUCUAAAAGCUUCACUUAUACAAAAGUUUUACUUGAACCCUAAAUUACUAAUAAAAGCUCAUCCAUUGUUUAAAAAUGGCCUUUUUGCCUUUGUGCAGAUUGAUAUGUCUCAUUUUCGAUAAUUGAAAAUGAAACCUUUUUCAAAGUAUCUCUCUUUUUCAAACAAGCAUUGCAGAGCUGGUUACAAUUUCAAUUUCAUCCCCCUGAAAAGAUAGAACAAAUAUUAUGGUUGAACUCAAAUGUGCUGGUUGAUAAAAUACCUGUAUUUAUGGAAAAUAUGUUUUAAAAGGGUAUUUUGUUUUUAAACGACAUUGUAAAUUGGAAUGGUAGAGUUAUGUCUUUCAUGGAGUUAUCAGAAUUGUAUGGGAAGGUCUGCUCAAUCCAAGAUUACAACCAAUUGAUUACAGCAUUACCCAAAAAUGGAGGAGGCAGGUGGCAGCGGGAGGAGGUAGGGAACUGGUCUGUCUGCCCAAUAUAAAGGCUCAACUGGCAGAGGAAUAAAGAUUGCAUAUAUACCAGUUUCAUUUGUAGACCAGGAUGUUGACAGCUGUGCCAUACAGAUUGCAAAAUAGUUGGGAAGAGAUUUCUGAUGUACCGAGUCCAUGGUACAGGGUGUAUGAGUUGAUAUAUAAAACUACGGAAGAUUCAAGACUUUGUGCUUUUCAGCUAAAAUUAUUGUACAGAAUUCUUGCCACCAACAAAAUGUGGAAUAUUUGGUGCAUACAAUAAUCACAGCUCUGCAGAUUUUGUUGUGAGGAUACAGAAUCAAUAGAUCAUUUGUUUUGGUAUUGCCCUCAGGUAGCCUGUUUCGGGUCUCAGGUUCAGGAAUGGCUGAAAAAGCAUAACAUUAAUCUAAAAUUGACCCUAGAAAUAGCAUUGUUGGGAGAUCUGGAGAGACCUGGUCUCUGAACUGUGGGGAGAUCUUGGAGGGCGGUUGGGAGCUUGGGCCAGUGGCUGAUAGGUCGCUGGUUCGGGUCCCCGUUUUUGACCUUGUGGGAGAUCUGUCGACGUGCCCUUGAGCUGACCCUGGUUGCUUCUGUGGGUCGCUCUGGAUGGGAGUUUGUUAGAUGACUGAAUGUAAUGUUGAGCGGCUUCACUGCUAGUAGAUUGUAUGUUUUAAUAUUUAAAAAUAAAAAAACAUUGUCUGUUUUUUUCCAUGUUCUCCUCUCUCACUCACUCUUUAUUCAACACGAUUCUCUCUGCCUGCUGUUUUAGGAGCUGCCUGGGGGGUAUGGCAGAGUGAAGCCUGACGUUGUGACCUAUGGCUCUGGGGUGAGGGGCUCAGGGAUGAAGGAGGGCUGCCGCUCUCUCUCAGGAACCAGUGUAGCAUCACCUGUAGUGGCAGGCGCUGUGACCCUACUGGUGAGGUGAGUUCUCACAAUCAGUACCUUUACGGGUUCAUUUAUGUUUGUGUGUAUGAGUAUAGUUUGUGUGUAUGAAAAAGUUGCUUGUUCCUUGCCUGGCUGUCUACACCUCCCUCUUCCCCUGGCCCCUCCCUCCCACAUGCUCUUAGCUCUCCCCCAUGCUCUUAGCUCUCCCCCACUUCCUCCACAACACACACACUCUCUCACACACAUACAUAUAUGUUAUUCAUGGUCAAACUUUGCUUUGUGAGAAAUACGUUGCUGCUUUUUAUCUGUGAGCAGAAUAACUUUAGAACAUAGUGUUACAAGGAGUGGCUGCUGCAUUCCCUACCAGAGGCAUGACUACUUUUUACUGAAAUGCUGAGACAUGGCUAAUGGUGAACAUACUUCUAUAGUCUGCCAGCAGUUUACUCUCAAUUUAUUUGGUUCAAUAAUUACCAUUGCAACAUAUCUCAAUGGGUUGUCAUACAUCUUGUGUCUGUAAACAUUAUGCUACUAGCUAGCUACAGCCUAAUGUAUAGGGCUAGUAGCAUUAAAGCACAGUAUCAGUAUCUGAAGGAGACAUCUUACUCAGCAGCAUUUCUCUUAAGAGACCAUGAACACCUCAUUUGCAGUGUUAGUGACAUAGUUAUCAGCUGAUAAAUUGCAACAACUGUCUUCAGGUUCAAGAUGCAGUUACAAUUUAACAGAAAUAAUGUUUGUCUGUGUGUUGUGGACCAUUUGGAAUAAAUGAAAUUGAUAGCUAUCCUUCACUUCAAAACAACAAGGACACAGACAUUUAACAGAAUCAAUCUACUUUCCCUCCAGGGAAGGAGCUGACACACUUUCACUUUUUCUCUCCACUUCUUAUGUUUGUAUCUCUUAAGAUCCAGACCGAUUGACUUCUCACGUCUCUUACAAAUGGGUUUAUUGCACCUAAAUCUCCAUCUCUCCGUCUCUGUUUCUAAAAUCUCAUCCCUCUUUUUCUCAUAGCAAGCUGUUGAGUCAGAUGGAAGCUCUCAUUUGCUUUUUAUUUCUCAUCUUUAUUGAUCAUUGAAACACAAUGCAAAGUUAAUGUAAUAGUUGUUAAUCCAGCUGUGUCCCUCCUACAGCACAGUGUUGAACAGAGAGCUGGUGAACCCAGCCAGUAUGAAGCAGGCUCUGAUCGCCUCAGCACGGAGGCUCCCUGGAGUCAACAUGUUUGAACAGGGCCACGGAAAACUGGACCUCAUCAGAGCCUACCAGAUCCUCAACAGCUACAAACCCCAGGCCAGGUUCUACACACACUCAUCAUACACUCUGUUUACAUAGUAUUCACUUUGUUAUAUGUUCACUCUUUUUACUUAUUGAAAAGGUUCUAGCAAUGUCCAGUGGUCCUCUUUCAUAACUAACCUGAUCUCAUGUUGAUUUGAUCCUGUUUGUCUUUAGUCUCAGUCCCAGCUACAUCGACCUGACUGAGUGCCCCUACAUGUGGCCCUACUGCUCCCAGCCCAUCUACUACGGUGGCAUGCCCACCAUCGUCAACGCCACCAUCCUCAAUGGCAUGGGUGUGACUGGCAGGAUUUUGGACAAAGUACUUUUAUAUAGAAGGCUUUAGGUCUCAUGUUCUGACAUGCUGUGUUCUUUUAGUUGGAUCAUCCUCCCGUUUGGUGACAUUCUCCUUUUUUGUGCUGUCCAGCCCAUCUGGCAGCCUUACCUACCACAGAAUGGUGACCACAUUGAUGUGGCAGUCUCCUAUUCGCCAGUCCUCUGGCCCUGGGCUGGAUACCUGGCAGUCUCCAUCUCUGUCGCCAAGAAAGCUGCAUCAUGGGAGGGGAUUGCCCAGGGUCAUGUGAUGGUGACCGUGUCCUCGCCUGCUGGGAAUAAUGUGAGUAACAACCAGGAUAUGUUUAGCAUAUUUACCGUAUCUCACCUUUCACUGUUUUUUUUAUGUGAUUUCUGUAAUCUCACACUGACAUCCUCUAAUGUAGAUUUUUAACCAGAGAGCAUCAUAUUUAGAUACUACUGUUAGGGUUAGCGUUAUCAAGCUACCUGCUAGCAAAAUAGCUUGCUGUAUCCUGGGUCAAUAAUAUGCCAUUUAACAGACGCUUUUAUCCACAUUUUUGUGUAUGGGUGGUCCCGGGGAUCGAACCCACUACCCUGGCGUUACAAGUGCCGUGCUCUACCAGCUGAGCUACAGAGGACCACCAUCAAUGGUUCAAUGUUCUGACCCUCAUUGUUGUGUAAUUCCUCAGUCUGAGGUGGGUGGGGAGAUGACCUCUACGGUUAAACUGCCAGUCAAGGUGAAGAUAGUGCCCACUCCUCCUCGUAGUAAGAGGGUUCUGUGGGACCAGUACCACAACCUGCGCUACCCGCCUGGCUACUUCCCUCGAGAUAACCUGCGCAUGAAGAAUGACCCACUGGACUGGUGAGUUCUUUGGGCAACUAUUUACCUCAGUAUCACUGUUUAUUUUUAAGAGAUAAUAUUAGGCUGUUUCAGGUGUACUGGCUAUUUGGGGUCAUUGCAGUCUGCAGUGCAACUCUUAAAACGUGCCUAUAGAGGGUGCCAUAGCAUAAGAGCAAGCCAGACCUUUUUCCCCUUUACAAUCAUAGCUUUUUUUUGUGAUUGGUGUCUUGAUAUUAGCUUUGUCUGAAUCAUUUGUAGGAAUGGAGAUCACAUUCACACCAAUUUCAGGGACAUGUACCAGCAUCUGAGGAGUACGGGUUAUUUUGUGGAGGUCCUGGGUGCACCCAUCACCUGCUUUGAUGCUAGUCAAUAUGGUGAGAAUAUUUUUGCUCUCUUUGUCAGUUGAUUGUGAUCUAAAAUAUUUUAGAGAGGGAUAUGGGGGAGCAGCACCUGAAUGAAUGGCUUCUCAUGCUGUCAUUGCUUACAGCAGUAGUUCCAGUGCCUCUGCAUGCAAAGCAGAGAUUAUUGUUUUUCUGUGUCUCGGUCUGACAUUUUCUGUAUGUGUUUAGGGACAUUGAUGAUGGUGGACAGUGAAGAGGAGUACUUUCCAGAGGAGAUAACCAAGCUGCGGCGAGACAUUGAUAAGGGACUGUCUCUCAUUGUCUUCAGUGACUGGUACAACACUUCUGUCAUGAGGAAAGUAAAGUUCUACGAUGAAAACACCAGGUAGGUAUUAUAACCCCACUUUGUAGCUUCUCUGAAUCUCUCUCAUAAACUAAAGUCCUCAUUCAAACAUCAAAGGACAGACAGGGCAUCAAGCCUCAGCAUAACCUGUGUCAAUAGGGGACGGCUGUAGCCUUGAGGUUAGAGGAGUGGGCCAGCCGGUUCGAAUCUCAGUGUUGAUGGGGUGUAAAUUCUGGCGUAAGUAAGCCGGCAAUCUCAGGUGUCACCUACUUGCGAGGGACUAAUCCCCUUAAACUGCUCAUUGGGUGCUGCACUGCGAUUGCCCUCUGCUCCAGCCUGUUUGUGUGUAUAUCAAAGGGGUUGGGUAAUGAAAAAGCAGAAGACAAAUGUCAGUUUUGUAUGGACUAAUAAAAGUACAUCUUAUACUUACCGUAAAACUUACAUUAAUGGGCGUUCAUUUGCUUCAAUCACUGAACACAACAGGCGCUUAGAGACAGGCUUCUACAGUAUUUGAGCCAGGUGUCCAUUUCCUUAAUGCACAAAGUUUUUGCUUAGUAAAAUGUUGAAAAGACUACCACACUGUUUAUUGUGAUUAGUAUGACCAGUAUAAACAUUAUAAUAAGCAAUCCAUCGCAGAUCUGACUUGCAAAGACUAGGCUGCCUUAUCAUAUACCCCCGAUUUCGCGCUUCAGAGCUAUGUCUAUGGUAACCUCAUAAACAAUUAAUUUAGACCCAGCGUUUAUUUGAAACAGGCGUUUAUUUGCUGAAAUGUGUGCCGAUGCCCGGCAUAUUAGCAUAGACAUGACAUCAGUCAAAACAAGAUAUGGUAUCAAUAACAAGAUACGAGCUGAAAUGAGCCACCUACGAUUCCCCACAAGGCAGCUUGUUGUCAUUGUUGCUAGCUAUCAGACCAUCCAGAAUCAUAGCAACACACUGCCCCAUCGACGCGUGCUCAUCGUUUUCGUGACGUUGUCAGCUAGCCCAUCUAUGUUGUACAGGUGGCCUUUCAUUUGUAUCCCCUCUCAUGGGUUGAAUAUGUUCUCCUCAGGCAAUGGUGGAUGCCAGACACAGGGGGCGCCAACGUACCAGCUCUAAAUGAUCUGAUCUCUGUAUGGGGGAUGGCCUUCAGUGAUGGGCUCUAUGAGGGAGACUUCACCAUGGCAGACCACGACAGUAAGAACACACACGCGCUCACACACCCUCAUUCACUCGCUGUGUCACUCAUUUGUGUGUAAAUCUAGAAAAUGAAUCAAGGUGAGAUGGAUUAAUACAUGUUAUAUUAUUUAGUGUAAUGUUUAAACUCGUCUGUCUCCUCAGUGUACUAUGCAUCAGGCUGCAGUAUUGCAAAGUUUCCAGAAGAUGGGAUUGUGAUUGCCAAGACCCUAAAGGAUCAAGGUGCAAACACCCACUUCCACAAUACACCUGACAGCGGUUACCGUGGAGAUGUUCCCGUGGCUGUAUAUUCUCGUGUCUCUCUCCUUUCUCUCAUCUCUCUCACAUAUUCACUCCCCCCCCCACACAUAUUCAAUCCCCCCCUCUUUCUUUCUUUCUUUCUUUCUUUCUUUCUUUCUUUCUUUCUUUCUUUCUUUCUUUCUUUCUUUCUUUCUUUCUUUCUUAUUUCCUCAGGGCUGGAGGUCUUGAAGCAGGAGACUGUGGUUGUGGAUGGUGUUCCCAUACUGGGAAUGUACCAAACACCGUCUGAAGGGGGAGGUCGGAUAGCCCUUUACGGAGACUCAAACUGUAUAGAUGACAGUCACAGGCAGAAAGGUAGAGACCCCGCCUGCAUUUUCAGACCUCUAAAACCAUAUUAUCUGAGAAACUGUCAGUUAUUGAAAUUUGUAUGAUUUGAACUUAUCUGAAAUUAUCAGUUGGUGUGGUUUUGACCAUUGUGUUGUGUUCCCCCCAUAGACUGUUUCUGGCUACUGGAUGCUCUCCUGCAGUACACCUCCUACAGCAUGACACCUUCUAGCCUCACCCACUCCAAGAGCAGGGUGGCUCCUCCCACUGGCACCAACCACCCCCUGCCAGAGAGACUGGAGGGUAAGACAAACACUAAGCCCUCAAACAUAUCCAGCUCAGCACUUGUGUUUCAGCUUUACAUACUUAGUUGCUAUCCCUCUCCUCCACAGGUAAUCAUCUAUAUCGGUACUCAAAGGUAUUGGAGGCUCACCUGGGAGACCCAAAGUCACGCCCACUCCCUGCCUGCCCUCACCUGUCAUGGUCCAAGCCACAGCCACUUAACGAAACGGCACCCAGGUGUGUGCCAAGUCUCUAAGCCAUGUAACAAUGUCCCUACCCCCUGAAGUGUUAUUCCUUUGGUUAAUUUCCAUCUCCUGGCUUUCCUUUCAUUUUCUAUCAAACAUAUGGGGAGAUUAUGUUGAAUACACUCUCCUUAACUGUUAAUCUCCUCCAUAUUGAUAAGUACAGUGUCGUAACGCGCAUCCAUGGCUUUAUUUGUUACACAGUAACCUAUGGAAGCACCAGAAGCUGCUAUCUAUUGACAUGGACAAAGUGGUGCUGCCCAACAUCAGAAACUACAAACCUCAGGUCCGGCCUCUGUCUCCUGGGGAGAGUGGAGCCUGGGACAUCCCUGGAGGUGAGAAUACAUACCGAGUAGCAUUAUCACCUACUCAAUCGCUCAACAGCACGUUUCAGAUGUACUGUAUUCUGAGUCCGUUUGUAAAAUGCACACAAACUGUUUAAAUAUCUAAGAGAUCUGUUUUUCUGUCUAUUCAUUGUCCAUUUUGAUAAUGCUACUAUGUGCUGCUUUCUGCCUCCAGAGUUACUAAGUGACCCCUGACACCCAUGUCCUCUCCCCAGGUAUAAUGCCAGGCCGCUACAACCAGGAAGUGGGCCAGACCAUCCCCAUGUUUGCCUUCCUGGGAGCCAUGGUUGUGCUGUCCUUCUUUGUGGUGCAGCUCACCAAAUCCAAAAGCAAGCCCAAACGACGGAAACCCAGAGUCAAACGUGCAACUUACCUUCAGCAUCAACAACUGGCACCAACAGGCAAGAACCCCACAGUGUGA